UAUAUAUAUGUUGUAUACAUUAAUUAUUGUCCUCUCCAUAUAUAAUUGAGUGCCCACCGACCCAUACAAUUAAUCAGGUUUACCUUUACUUUCCACUCCGCAAAAAAAAAAAAAAAAAAAAAUGCUAAGGUCGUUGAAUAUUAAAGAUAAUUGCUCUUCUUUCUUGAGCUUCUUCUUCAUUUUUUUCAUCAUCUUGUCUUGUAACUAUAAUCAUGUUUAUGCCCUAAAUAUCGGAGUCCAAGCCACCGGUACUUCCGUCAGCGUGAGCAAAGGUUGCAGUAGAAAAUGUGAGUCAGACUUCUGUUCAGUGCCACCGUUUCUACGAUAUGGAAAGUACUGUGGGCUGUUAUACAGUGGAUGCCCAGGAGAGAAGCCUUGUGAUGGACUCGAUGCCUGUUGUAUGAAGCAUGACGACUGCGUUCAAUCUAAGAACAAUGACUAUCUAAGCCAAGAGUGCAGCCAGAAGUUCCUAAAUUGUAUGAAAAACUUCAAGAACUCCGGAGGCCACACGUUCAAGGGCAACACGUGCGAGGUCGACGAGGUCAUUGAUGUCAUUACCCUAGUCAUGGAAGCUGCUUUGCUCGCCGGCCGAUAUCUUCACAAGCCUUAAUGAUUAAUUAUUUAUCAAAACCACUACAAUUAUGAUCAUUUUAACCACGCACAUUCAUGUACCAAGUACUUAUUUCUACCUCCGUUUUUCAUCCUUGUUAUAACUUUGAAUCAACAACAACAACAAACAUGUGUUUCCUUCAUCCAACAAUAAACAUGUCAUUUGCUUUUAUA